AUGGCCGCACCAGUUCGAUCCACUAUAAGCCGCUUCGGCCGGCCUUCUGUUGCCUCUAUUCGCAACCUUUCCAACGCCCGUCCAGCCAAAGCCCAGGUUCAACUUGCAACUGUCCGGGAGUCUAAUGCUCCACUAACAACUUCCGAUGAUGGCCAACUCGAUCAUUACAUAAGGCGAGGUGCUCUGUCAAGAACCUAUUUCGAUGCGACAGGUGUGCGAUGGAUUGGAGCUGGCGAUGACGGACCAAAGGAUCCCAACAAGGCAAAGCUAGGCAAAACUUUACGAGUUCUCCAGGAAAGAUUGCCAACCCUCCUUUUGCAUCCUCUCCCUCACGAUAUUCUUGCGCCAAACAUCGCCCUCCAUCUCUUCCCCUCGACGCAUCCUCACCUGCCAACCGUGUCUGGUCGAGUCGCCUAUAAUGCCGCUCUCUGGACAUCACCGCUAGCUUGGAACCGAGUUCCAAUCCUCGGCAAUGUCUGCAUUGAGGUUCUCGCAGAGCGCAUGACGACCGAGCCCCUCACGUUUCUGCCCCGUCGCGCUGGAGCUAUACCCGAGCAACUUGUUGUCCGUUGGUGUGAGAAGCGGAAGGGUUCUGAUAGUUCUUCGAACAGGGGCGUUAUAGCACGCUCGCUACCCUUCGGUCGAGGUGUGGACCCAGACAAGGCUUUCACGGGACUAUUUGUAUUCGACUUCGAUUCCGAAGGAAGGAUUCUGAGCCACACCAUCGAACAGGCACAAGCUGGUGGCGAUUGGGAAGCCGGCGUCGGCGCAAAGGUUGUUGGUCUGACCGACUGGCUUCUUGGGGGCUGUAAGAACCCUGGUACUCCUAUACCAAUGUUCGAGGGCGUACGGAGACGACGAUCUAUCUAA